CGUUCAAAACAAAACCAGACAGACAGAUAUCUAAUUACAUCCAUAAUUCAAUUAAGCACAGUUAAAUACGAACUCUGUUUGAUUGAAAUGGUCCACAGAUGAAGAAAAAAAUGUUUUCAAAGUUCUCCAAUAUUCUUCAUCAUGCAGUUGAGGCGCUUGCACCUCAACUGUCCUUGAAAGAAGAAUUUGUAUACCAUUGGAAGGCUGUAACCACUUUCUUUAUGGAUAACAAAGGGGAAAAGUUGCCAAUAGAUCAGACCCAGAUUCCCGAGCACCUGGAUCAGAUGGUGGUUUUGUUGACAGAGGAGGAAAAGAUAGAGCAGCUGGACAGUACAGGACCGUGUAUGGAGUACCUCCUACAACACAAGCUCCUAGAGACUCUGUACUCACUGGGCAGGACUGAUCAUCCUCCAGGCAUGAAACAAAUACGGCUGGUCAAGGCAUGUGGUGAAGUCCAGGCAGCCCCCACAGAAUCGGAGGAAAUUCAGUUUUUGUGCACUGUGUGUUCCAUAGUGAAAUCUACUCCCUAUUUAGUCAACUUCUUUAUUGAG